UUUCGGUUCCGGGCCGGCGCUGCGGGCCCUUCCCACCCCCGGCAGGGGAAGGGGGCAGCAAGUUUUCUUCUCACUACAUCAGAAGAAAAAAAAGAAGGCAGCACCCCCAUUUCCUUCCCACUGCAUGUAACUCACAGCACUCCAGUAGAGUCGUGCACCUGCAGCUGGGACAGCCAUGGAGAAGAGUGGGAACAUUCAGCUGGAGAUUCCCAACUUCAGUAACUCUGUCCUGAGCCACCUGAACCAGCUGCGCAUGCAGGGCCGGCUGUGUGACAUCGUGGUCAACGUGCAGGGCCAGGCUUUCCGUGCGCACAAGGUGGUGCUGGCCGCCAGCUCCCCCUACUUCCGUGACCACAUGUCCCUGAACGAGAUGAGCACCGUGUCCAUCUCCGUCAUCAAGAACCCUUCUGUGUUCGAGCAGCUCCUCUCCUUCUGCUACACUGGCAGGAUUUGUCUGCAGCUGGCUGACAUCAUCAGCUACCUGACAGCUGCCAGCUUCCUGCAGAUGCAGCACAUCAUAGACAAAUGCACGCAGAUACUCGAGGGGAUUCAUUUCAAAAUUAACGUGGCCGAGGUGGAAGCGGAGUUGAGCCAGACCAGGACGAAGCAUCAGGAGAGGCCGCCCGAGUCUCACCGGGCGACGCCGACUCUAAACCGUCCCCUGAGCCCCCGUCACAACACCCCCAAGGGGAGCCGCCUGGGCCAGGUCAGCACGGUGCUGGACAUCCGGGAGCUGAGCCCGCCCGAGGAGUCCACCAGCCCCCAGAUCAUCGAGCAGAGCUCCGACGUGGAAGGCAGGGAGCCCAUCCUGCGCAUCAACAGGGCGGGACAGUGGUACGUGGAGACGGGCAUGGGAGAGCGUGGGGCGCAGAACGACGAGGAAGUGCGGGUGCUGGGAGGAGUGCGCAUAAAGACCGAAAACCUGGAGGAGUGGCUGGGGACAGAGCACCAGCCCUCGGGAGAAGAUGGCAGCAGCGCUGAGGAGGUCACGGCCAUGGUGAUCGACACCACAGGCCACGGAUCCCUGGGCCAGGAGGCUUUUGCCUUAGGCUCCUCUGGGGCCAAAGUGGUCAGGCCAACCAGCAGUGAGAUCGACAGAUUUAGCCCUUCUGGCAGCAUGGUUGCUGUGACUGAGCGGUACAGAUCGAAAAGCGAGUCUCCCGGGCGGAUGGAUGAGCCUAAGCAGCCCAGUUCCCAGGGGGAGGAAUCAGCCAUGCUGGGAGUGAGCGGUUACGUGGAGUAUCUGCGGGAGCAGGAGGUUUCAGAGCGCUGGUUCCGGUACAACCCACGGCUCACGUGCAUUUACUGCGCCAAAUCCUUCAACCAGAAGGGCAGCCUGGACCGGCACAUGCGGCUCCACAUGGGCAUCACCCCUUUCGUGUGCCGCAUGUGCGGGAAGAAGUACACCCGCAAGGAUCAGCUGGAGUAUCACAUCCGCAAGCACACGGGCAACAAGCCCUUCCACUGCCACGUGUGCGGCAAAAGCUUCCCUUUCCAGGCCAUCCUCAACCAGCACUUUCGCAAGAACCACCCCGGCUGUCUGCCCCUGGAGGGGCCCCACAGCAUCUCCCCCGAGACCACGGUCACGUCCCGGGGGCAGGCAGAGGAGGAAUCUCCUCCGCAGGAGGAGGCUGUGGCGGUGGGGGAGACGGCCCAGGGGUCUGUGUCCACGACCGGGCCGGAUUGAAGUCCCAGGAGAAAGGACCGUCUUCCCAUUCCUGGCUCGAAAGAGUCAGCACCGACCCGGCAGGCUGGUACUGUAAUUAGUGCAAUGCCACCACUGAACAGAAAGAAGCUCCCAAGAUGUUGCCAAAAUAGAAAAAUCUCUCUUUCUCUCUCUUCCUCUCACACACCCACACACACACCCAUAGAGUGUUAAAUGUUUUUCUCCCUUAUUCCUCCUCCUCUCGGAGAAAAACAGAACAACUGUGUCAAUCAACUUCUUAUUCAGGGAUCGACAGGAUUUUAAAUUUUUUUACUGUUCUGUAGUGAUCUGGGACAAGCAGUCAUUUGUAUUUCUGGACAGCGCUGUGGCCCAGCAGGGCGUCCCGCCGGCGGUGCCGGGUUCAGCCACAGAGCCAUAUCCAUGCUCCCGCUCGAGGGGAGAGCAGGGGCAAGGGGCUGUUGCCUUUCUCCCUUCCCCAGGUAGUUGCCACAGCAAAGAGAACAAAAAUACUGUCCUGGUGGAACCUGCCUUGCCCGAGUGUAUUUAUCCCUGUCUUAUUUUUGGUGUGUCUCUUACAUUUUUAUUUAAACUGUUAUUUUACGGCUUUGGGCUUGCCUGUUCCAGGCAUGCAGCCCUGGUGCCCCUUGUUGAAGUGGGCACGGCUACAAAGUGGUAUUCCAGAGGUCAGCAAAAUGUGAAGGAAGAACUUCAGCUACUGAGAGUGGAAUUUAGCAGCUGUGAGGUUUGCAUGAGACUCUGAUGCAUGGGAGAAGGGCUGGAGGGGUGUUCCAGAGGAGGUUAUCCUCUGCUGGUGCUGAUCUGGAGAGCUGAGCACUCUGAGAUCCUGGCUGGAGCGCUGCCAUGCUUCAGGUGAUGCCAAGGAUUAGGAAAGAGAUUUUCUGGAGUUGCUGAAUUGCAGAGUUAGAGGCUGGCUACCAAAGUCCUCUUUGACCCCUGCUCCCCCCUCGACACACACUUGAUCUUUUAGAACAGCAAUACGGGAUAUGGGAAUACUGCAAUGCUGUUGUCACAGCCGAGCAAUCGCAGGUGGUUGCUUUUAAACCUGUUUCUACAAACUAGUUUGAUAACUUUUUUAUCAAUGAAACGCAAAAAGAAAAGAGAAACCUUACUCUAUUUCCUUAAAACAGUUCAGGAGACUUUAAAGUGAACGGUUCCUAGAGCAAUCACAACUCUGUCCCCUUGCAUGGACUUAACAUUUUUGUAUUCUGAGUAGCUCUGAUGUUUAGAGCAAGUUUAGCAAACCUGGAGAGACAUGCCUGCGUGUGUAUUGUAGGUGUUUGCACGAGCUUACAUGGUUCAUAACCAGAAAAGCAUGGGACAGGCAGAUAAGUGCAAAUAUCCUGACAUAUUUUUUAAAAAAAUAUGCAAUAUUUUAAGAGUUUUCUCUAGUUCUGAUGCCAAGUUGUUCGUGAUGAAGGGGGAAAAUGGAUGACAGGUUGCGCGUAUCAGGUUUGGUGAAGGAGUUCACUUGAGGAUGUAUAAUGUGUACAUGAGGAGGAAGGUGAAGUUCUGAACAUUAAGGUGAUGGGAGGAACAAGGAGACAUUGGAAAAGAAAUACACUUCAUCUUGCUUCAGCAAGAAAGCUGGAUGAGAAGUUAGAGCUGGGGCUUAGCAGGCAGGAGGCUGACCAAGUGACAAUAAAGCUUGGCCUGUUGUCUGACUGCAGUUUUGGGCACAUGGAAACAUCUCCAGCCCUCGCUUUCCCCAUCUGCAAAUUGGUACUUGGGAUCGUUUUCCUGCCCCUUUGGGGGGAAUUAUUUGGAGAAGGGUGAUGUAUUCUUGCCUUGAUUUAUAGAUUUUUUUAUGUGUGAGGAGUCUCACUGUUCCUCCCAUCUCUCUCUCAACAAGAGAUGUGGCUCUAGUGCGUUUUUGUGUGUGGGAAAGGGCUCGGUGCCAGCAUCACGUGUAACAGAGAUGUGAUCCUACAAGAGGAACCUUUGCAGGUGUUCUGAGCUGGGUACCUGCAAAGUACCAUUUCAUUGACCAUUUCAAACAGGAAAACUGAUAUUUCACCUCCGUUUUCCUUCUGUGCCUUCUUCCUCCUCUCCUGUCAAGGGCAUCCAUCACACAGGGAGUGAUUUGGCCACCCAAACAACCAGCUCCGUCAGGUUUCCCAGCAAAGGUCAAACACCACGGUACCAAAACACUGAGGUUGCCAGAGAGCAGUGGCAGAGGAUGAGGUGAGAGGGUGGCCAAGGUAGGUUUUGUUGCAAUCAAGGUGCAGGGAGGAGUGGAGAUGUGCUGCUUUAGUCAUAGCUUUUGAAGUUACCAAAAAUGAAAAAAAAAAAGUUAAAAACUUUGAAAUCCUAUCCUGUUCACACUAGAGAGCAUAAAAAGUUACUUUUAGUUGCUUAAAAGAUUUUUAAGUGUUUUAAAAUAGAAAUUUUAAAAGAAUACUACCAAACUAUAAAAACAUAAAAUUAUUUAUAUACAUAUAUUAUAUAAAAAUAUAGUGGGAAAGUUUCCCUGCUAAGCUUGCUGUGAAGAGAAGGGUGAAGGUGCAGUAACUGCUACAGAAGCAACAUUUCUCUGAGACAGAUGGCAACCGUAAUGAAGAAGGGCUGACAUAAAAUGGUGAAUGCCUUCGCUCCCAUGGCAUAGCUGUGAGUUUCUUGAGCAGGUUUUUAUUUUACUGUAUCAAUACUGUGAAAGGAGAAGCAUCCAAACAGUACAGGAUGCCAGCAGCGUGUCCUGUUUGCUGAUUCACUACUUCAAGUGGCCUGGUGAAAACCAUGAAAUUAGUCCUUCAUACCUUACUAGGCUGAAAACAAAGCUUGUGAAAGGUUUUUAUUUUUUCCUCCUUUAUGUUUGCUUUU